GAAGCUUUGAUAAGACACUCCAGCAUUUAGCGGCAAGUGAAGACAGCCUGCACAGCAGGGAUUCCAGGGAAUGAAUGGAUUUUUUUCAGUCUUGGUGAAGGGAAUCUGACUUUUAAUGCUGGCGUUAUAAAGCAGCAUAAUGCGUGGCCGACAGCUGAAGAGAUUUGUUGCUUUUUGGACAUUAGUUUUCAUAAGGAUAGUUGCUGGGCUUGCCGGAGAGGGAAGAUCUGUGUGGAAAAAGGACCCCAACUCCAGUCCUGUGAGUGAAAAACAUAUGUUUUUGUAUGACACAUUCCCCACAGAGUUUCUCUGGGGCGUAGGGACGGGAGCAUUCCAGGUGGAAGGCAGCUGGAGGAAGGACGAGAGAGGACCCUCCGUCUGGGACCGCUUCAUCCACGCGGAGCUCAGAGACACUGACAGCGCAGAUGUUUCCAGUGACAGCUACACCUUGCUGGACAAAGAUGUGUCAGCUCUGGAUUUUUUAGGGGUUACCUUUUACCAGUUUUCAAUCUCAUGGUCAAGGCUUUUUCCCACUGGAGUGGUAGCAGCUCCUAACAAAAAAGGACUCCAGUACUAUAACACCCUUAUUGACUCUCUGAUCUACAGAAAUAUUGACCCCGUGGUUACCCUGUACCACUGGGACCUGCCCCUGACACUGCAAGAACAGUAUGGGGGAUGGAAAAAUGAAUCAGUCAUUGAUAUCUUCAAUGACUAUGCCACCUUUUGCUUCCAGACCUUUGGGGAUCGUGUUAAAUAUUGGAUUACCAUCCACAAUCCUUAUUUAGUUGCUUGGCAUGGCUAUGGCACGGGUAUUCAUGCUCCUGGAGAGAAAGGGAAAAUAACCACUGUCUACGCUGUAGGACACAAUUUGAUCAAGGCUCAUGCAAAAGUCUGGCAUAACUACAAGAAACACUUUCAACCGUAUCAGAAGGGACUGAUGUCCAUAGUCUUGGGAUCCCACUGGAUCGAACCCAACAGAUCGGAAGACACUUUGGACAUUUCUAAAUGCCAGCAGUCUGUGGACAGAGUACUUGGGUGGUUUGCUAAACCCAUCCAUGGGGACGGCGAUUAUCCAGAAGAUCUGAAAAACGAAUCUUUUUUGCCGCGCUUUACUGAGGAUGAAAAAAAGUACAUAAAAGGAACAGCUGACUUCUUCGCAUUUUCCUUCGGUCCUGAUAACUUCAAACCUCCAAACACGCUACCGAAAAUGGGACAAAACUUGUCGCUCAAUUUGAGGGAAGUACUGAACUGGAUUAAACUGGAAUACGACAGUCCUCGGAUCUUCAUUGCAGAGAACGGCUGGUUCACUGACAGCCACGUGAAAACCGAUGACACCACUGCCAUCUACAUGAUGAAAAACUUCAUAAAUAAGGUGUUGCAAGCUAUUAAAUAUGACAACAUAGAUGUGUUCGGUUACACAGCCUGGUCACUCCUUGAUGGCUUUGAAUGGCAGCAUGCCUACAAAAUCCGACGUGGAUUAUUUUAUGUGGAUUUCAAAAGCGAAAAAAAAGAACGGAUUCCCAAGUCAUCUGCACUUUAUUAUAAACAAAUCAUACAGGAAAAUGGCUUCUUCCCAAGAGAGUCUACACCAAGUGUUCAAGCUCAGUUUUCCUGUGACUUCUCCUGGGGUAUCACUGAGUCUGUUCUGAAGGCAGAGUCUGUGGCAUCCUCACCCCAGUUCUGUGAUCCAAACCUCUACCUGUGGAACAUCACGGGAGACGGGCUCCUGCACAAAGUGGAAGGAGUGAAGCUAAAAACCCGGCCGGCACAGUGUACGGAUUUUGUCAGUAUUAAAAAGCAACUUGACCUCCUGGAAAAAAUGAAAGUCACCCACUACAGAUUUGCACUGGAUUGGUCACUGAUUUUACCCAAUGGAGAUUUGUCAGUGGUCAACAGACAGGUGCUGAGGUAUUACAGAUGCGUGAUUAGCGAAGUGCUAAAGCUCAACGUGCAGUCUAUGGUCACCCUGUACUACCCAACGCACGCCUACCUGGGCCUGCCGGGCCCUUUGCUGCAGACAGGAGGGUGGCUCAACCAGUCUACGGCCUACGCUUUUCAAGACUACGCGGCUUUAUGCUUUCAGGAACUUGGUGAUUUGGUUAAACUUUGGAUUACAAUAAAUGAGCCUAACCGACUCAGCGAUGUCUACAACAGGAGCAGCAGCGAUACAUACCGGGCAGCGCACAAUUUGCUAAUAGCGCACGCCAUGGCCUGGAGAACAUACGACGAGCAGUACCGGUCCUUCCAGCAUGGCAAAGUGUCCCUGUCCCUGCACUCAGAUUGGGCAGAGCCUGCCAACCCCUACUUUGAGUCCCACGCCAAAGCUGCCAACAGGUUCCUUCAGUUUGAAAUAGGCUGGUUUGCCGACCCCAUAUUUAAGACCGGAGACUAUCCAGCUACAAUGAGGGAAUACAUCCACUUUAAAAACAGAAAAGGCCUCUCCCACUCUUUACUGCCGUCUUUCACAAGUGAGGAAAGGAAGCUGAUUAAAGGUGCAGCUGACUUCUACGCGCUGAAUCACUUCACCACACGAUUUGUGAUUCACGAGCCCCAGAACGGGAGCCAGUAUGAGUUUGACCGUGACAUCCAGUUCCUGCAGGACAUCACCUGCCUGAGCUCCCCUUCCCGGCUGGCAGUGGUGCCCUGGGGAGUGCGCAAGGUUCUGAAGUGGAUUAAAAGAACCUACGGUGACAUAGACAUCUACAUCACAGCAAACGGAAUAGAUGACCAGUCCUUGGACAACGAUGAGCUUCGGAACUACUACUUAGAAAAAUACGUACAAGAGGUUUUAAAAGCAUACUACAUUGACAAAGUCAAGAUUAGAGGCUACUACGCAUUUAAAUUGACCGAGGAAAAAUCUAAGCCCAGAUUUGGAUUCUUCACUUCUGACUCAAAAGAAAAAGAAGAAAACGUUUCAAGGCAAAGAGAAUCCGGAGCAUCUGUGUGUCACUUUAAUAAGGGGCACAAGCCCACUUUCAACAGGAUUCAUGACUGUGCAUUCUACAGAGGACCGUGUAAACAGGCAACUGCAGAAAAGCACUAUGUGAGUCACUCCAAUUAUACACACUGAACACCUCAGCUGAAAACAGAAGGUAACUGUAUGCACAGGAAAACAAGCUAUGAUACCUGCUUCUGGUGAAAUCACUUUUCUCCACUUUCUGUACCAAGAAAACGUUAUGCCUUUCCUGUGCCUUGGAAUAACCACACAAACUGCGUGACUUGAAAAGAGAUAUUAGUCUGUGAGAACUGAUAUGCACUUUUAUACAAACUUCUUUGGACCAAAACUUUCUGUGAUGUAUACUCAUGCUGUGAAUAAUGUUAAACAUGAAGAUGCAACUAGCAGUUUAUAAAUAAAAGUGUUAGCAAACACCAAA